AUGAAUUUCACGACGAACGCAACUUUGGUCCAUGGAUUCCACUUUCUGACUAUGGCCUUGGGCAUGGCACAGUUGGUACAGCAAAGUCAACGGUUUGCUUUGGAAAUGCACAAGGACGAUAAGAAAUUGCCAGAGGAUUGGUAAGUCCAAUAAGAGUUGCUAAAUGUACUGUUGACGUCAUCAUCAACGUCAGAGUUCAAAGAACAUGUCUUCAAUCAAUGAUUGUAGUGACCCAACCGACGAUUCGUUAGCUCAAUAUGUUUUGGAGACCAUCUUUAAUCACAAGUACAGCAAGAAUACAUGUCCUUCGAAACUGACACCAACUGUGGUCACAAUUGAAUUCGUUAUACAAUCGAUUGCUCAAGUCUCGGAAAUCAGCUCUACCUUUACAAUCGACCUCUUGUUUAGUCAAAUCUGGCAUGAUCCUCGCCUUCGAUUCGAUCAUUUGACCACUUGUUUGCAGAACCUGACCUUAGGGCACGAAGUGGUGGAGAAGUUGUGGACUCCCAAUGUUUGUUUUGUAAAUUCAAAAAAGACUGAUAUCCACACGUCUCCAUCUCCGAAUAUCUUCUUAUUGUUAUAUCCGAAUGGAACUAUCUGGGUGAAUUAUCGAUUACAAGUAAUGGGACCGUGUGAUAUGAAUUUAGGCAGGUUUUAAUGCUCUCCCAAAGAUUCCCAUCACUUUUCAGAGCUCUUUCCAUUGGACGUGCAAGUUUGUGAGCUUGUAAUAGAAAGUUAUGCCUUCAAUAAUCAAAAAGUCUCCCUCAAUUGGAGAGAGUGGAAUCCGGUAAUUUUCAUUUCAGAUUUUAAUCGGUUAAAAUUGAAUAUUCAGGUGUUUUCCAUCGCCAAAUCAAAGUUGGCCGACUUCUCUUUAUAUGGGAUCCGCUGGACAAAGAAUAGUUUCGAAUACGCCGCAGGGCAGUGGGAUCAACUCACUGUUUCGUUGAGCUUCUCCAGGGCUUACGGGUUUUACGUUCUACAGAUGUAUUUACCCACAUAUGCAUCUGUUUCCAUUGCCUUUAUCUCUUUUUGGAUCGAUUUGAAAGCACUUCCAGCAAGGAUUACUCUAGGGGUAAGCUUUAUGUUAAUGGUUUUUUUCCUUGCAAAUUAAAUAAUAAUCCAUAUUUAGAUGUCUUCAAUAUUGGCGUUAACGUAUCAGGUAUGUUGUCCUUAUAGUCAUCAUCAAUUUCUAGUAUGGGAAUAUCGCCAAAACAUUGCCAAAGGUGGGUUAUGUGAAGUCGGCGGAUGUUUACUUCACAAUGGUCACAAUGUUUAUUUGUUUGACUAUGCUGGAAGUCGCUAUUGUUUGGUAAGAUAAGCAUAUAACCUCUAAAUGAUAUUUUAGUUAUCUUGAGAACGAACAUGAGAGGGUACGGAUAAAGCAAGAAGCAGAGAAAAAGAGAAAAAAGGCAGAACAAUUCAAAAAGUAAGCAGAACUGUGGAAAAAUCAUUAAAAAAUGUAAUUUCAGUGCAACAACUCGAUUAAAACCAUCGAAUGGAGAUAGCAAGAACUACGGGACAAUGGAUCCGGUAGAAGGGGAUGACAAUAAGGAGAUCGCAGAGGUCUCGGAGAGGAAACACAAGAGCUCUUUCGUUUCCUUUUUCCCCCGGCCAUCCUCCACAUUCCUCGAUCCUUUCCAAGCCUUUACUGCCAUAAGUUUAUUCACCGAACUCGAGGUGGAUAAACCUCCAAAAUGGACGGGAGAGAGGAUCGAUAGAAUCAGCAGGUAGCCCGAAAGUUGCUCACAUAUUACUGUACUGACUUUAGGAAAUUGUUUCCGCUCUCGUUUUUCUUGUUCAACGUUGGCUACUGGACCUAUUAUCUGACCCAGAAUCAUUACGCCAAAGAGAGAGCGCUGAAUCCGCUGUGAAAUUGGAUGAGAUUGGUUUUUGAAAUUUUUAAAACAAAAUAAAAAAUUGAAAAAAUUGUAAAAUGAAUUUAAAGAUUUAAAGAUGAAUUUUGUCAGGGCUGUUUUCUAAAUGGAUUCAUUUCCACCAAUUUUCGUUUCUUACGCUGGUCGGCGACUUCUGACCGGGUUCUGGGAAGUCCAGCAGAGGACGCUGGAUUCAAAAUGGCGAAAGUAAGUGUAAAAUACGACUCAUUCCGGUGUAUUCAUACUGCUGAGCCUUUGAAAUUGCUACAAAAGUCCUAUAACCCUUUAUAAAUAUGAUGGUGGGUCUUGUUUCAGCGUAUGGUUGGUACCAAUCGUCGUACGAAGGCAGCUGGAGCAGGCCGUCGUAAGUACACGGAGGGUGUUGGAGCCCAUUGUUCGGUCGAAAAACAUGUCGGCAGCACCGAGAAGCGACCCAUGGUCGUCACUCAGGCCAAGUUUGUGCACCAGGCCCGGAGCGAGAUGACCACCUCGGUAAGGAUGACUCAAAUCAUACUGUAAUUUUUAUGCAGGAGCACUCAAGACCUGCAAAUGCCAGACAAGCAGUGUGCCGCCGCUGGAUAGAUUACAUAUUGGACAUUGGAGUGAAGGAUUUACGAAGACAAUUCAUGCAAAAAAUCAAAAAUUACACUCCCGCGGGAACUACGGAGGCCUUCAAUGACAUCGAUAACUCAAAUAAGAACAGAUACGAUGAUGUUUUGCUGUUGGAUAAGAGCAGAGUCAAGGUCAGCAUCAAUCCCGAAAAAGGUGAGGGAAUUGGCAGGGAUUUGAGAUGGAUAGAUUCUGUUAAAAACUAAUUUUAUGUGAUCAGUACGAUGUCUAAGAUUGCAGAUGACUACAUUCAUGCCAGCACUGUGGAAGUUCGCCCGGAUCUGGUCUAUAUUUGCGCCCAGGGACCGCUAGAUAACACUAUAACUCAGUUCUGGCUGAUGUGUAUACAAGAAGAAGUCAAGGUAACCAUUAUUCUGUAUUUCGUAUUUGAUGCCAUUCAGAAAUUUCCGAGCCAUUACCAUUUAAUAUUAAAACUUCCUAAAGUCGAUUUGCUUAGGUGAUUCUCCAACUCUGUGCCAAUGUCGAGGCAGGCAAAGAGAAAUGCUCGCCGUACAUGCCCGAAACAAAAGGAGAGAAGAUCAGCUAUGGUUGCGUCGAUGUGAAACUUGUGGAACAGACCAAAAAGGUCCCUGGAGUAUCGAAGUUAACUCGAUCCAAAGUUCAGGUCACAUUCAAAGGGAAGACAAGCAAUUUCACUCAUCUUUUGUAUCUCGGAUGGCCUGAUCAUGCCGUUCCCGAGUCCGUGUCCACUUGCAGAGAAGUCAGGAAUAUGGUCCACAAGUUGUAUGAGAAGAAACCGAUCGUUGUUCACUGUUCUGCUGGGAUUGGUAAGACCUUUUAUACAGUAUUCAGACAAUAUUGUUGUCACAUUACGAUAAUUUUAGGUCGCACUGGAACUUUUGCGGCCGCUGAGAUGGUCCUAAGCAGAUUGCUCGAAGACUUGAACCCCGACUUCACGAUGAGUGAUGUCAUGAAAUCCCUGAGGGAGCAAAGAGCUCAAGCUGUCCAGAAUGAUCAACAAUUCGCCUUCAUCAUCCGAUUUGUAAUCGAGAUCUUGAUCACUGAGGAUUUGUUGUCCAGAAAUGCCCGAGUCAACGCAUUUCUGCAAGAUUUUGAAGAUUUGGUGGAAAGAAAGAAGAAACAGCUCAAGAAAUUGGGAUACAUCAACGAUUGA